AUGUCAGUUGUACAGGCAUCGUACAACACUGUGGACGACCAUCUACUUAGAGCCUUCGUAGAGAGAUGGCAGCCAGCUACCAACACAUUUCACUUACCUGUUGGAGAGAUGACCAUCACACUUGACGAUGUGAGUACGUUGGUCGGUUUGCCAGUUGUUGGGCGUACCGUAUCUUGCGAGCGUUUGGUCCGUGAUUCCAAAACCAUUCCCAGUUCUUUGAUGUUCGAGUUGCUAGGUGAGUACCCGGACGAUGUAAACAAGAAGAAAGCGGUCAAGUUGGAAUGGUUGAAGGCUAAAUUUAGCAAAGUGACCAUGAGAGAUAGUGCGGAGAAGAGGACAUACGCCAUUCGGGCGUAUUUGUUAUUUUUGCUCGGGUGUACUAUACUGUGCGACAAGACAGGCAACAUGGUAAGCUUUGAGUACCUAAAUCUUGUAUCUGAUUUGGAUCGGAUCGGCGAGUAUGCUUGGGGCACUGCAUGUCUUUGCCGGUUGUACGAUGAGCUUUCCUCAGCCUCACAAAAAUCAACGAACUCGAUGGCUGGCUGGCUGACGCUCUUUCAGUCAUGGAUUUACGAGCACUUUCCUUAUUUGGGGGGUGGCACAUUGAAGACGGAAUUCGAGGGGCCAUUAGCGAGCCGAUGGGAGCCUCAGUCAAAGACUACUUCAACGCCUGAACGAGCGUCGUACCUGCGAUCUCGAUUAGAUGAUUUGAUCCCCGAUCAGGUUUUAUGGUCACCGUAUACGGCUAUUCGUGAUCGUUUCCCGAUGCCAGAUUCUGCUUGGUUUAGUGGGAUGAUAUGUUGCAUGGACCACUUCGAGGCAUAUCAUCCGGACAGAGUGUUGAGGCAGUUCAACCGGGUGCAAAUCAUUCCAGGUCGUGCAUACAUGUCAAAAGAUAUGUACAAAGCUCUAGCUAGCAAAGGUCGACCGGUCCAGAACUCAAUUUUCGUUGCGUACGGCGAACGAUUCUCUGAUCGGUGGGAGGAGUAUUGUCUGGACGAGGAGUCGAGGUCCGUUGAAAUUGAACUCGGGGAGGCGGACACUUCGCCGGACUACAUGAAUUGGUUCCGACCCAGAUGCAUGUUACAACUGAGUAGGCAUGGAGCCCAUCCACCUCGACCCCAGGCGGAUCGACCUCGACCCCAUGAAGCUCGUCCAGAGGGUGGUACCGAUAAGGAGGUCCAACUUUCACAAAUUUUGGAGUUGGUGAAUGGUACACUUAGCGAGGUGCGGGGACUUGCGCCAUCUGACGCUCAUACGGUCAUGUGGGGGACCCUAAAUGAUAUUGUCAGAUUGAUCGAGCCGGAUGCCCCAUUUCCACCUCCUUCGAGGUCAUCGGAUGCCCCACCACCACCUCCAGGUAGCUCGAUAGGGCCAAUUCCACCGCCAUCGAGCUCGUCCGAUGCCCCACAGGCGGUUGUGAAACGCGUGUUUAGUAGGAAGAAAAAAACACAGGAUUAG